CACAACAAAGCAGCAUCUCGUCGUUUUUGUGUUGUCCCGGGUUGUUCGGAGCUCACAAUGGCUCUCUAACUCCGUCAAGUUGUUGGACCCGAGAAGAAGUCGUGCUUUGCUUCAGCAACGCACCACCAAGUGCUCUACAAUUUUUCUGCAAGAAUGGAGUUUCACUAUGCUCGCCCUGCCCUGCUCUCCGUGGCCCAUCUGUCAGACCCCGCUCGCCCCCAGCACAUGCCCGGUUGUGGACUGAAUCAAAGGACCAAUCGACACAAUGAUGGCAACAUCAGCUCAUGUUUGGAGGACUCUUCGUGUCUGCCCGGCAGACCCCCUCGCUCUCUCUCACCCACAGGCUAACCACAGCCAAUCGCAGGGGUGCAGGGGGGAGGUGUCAGAGGAGAGUCAGCACUUAAUUGGUGAUGGUCUCACUGACUGGAUGACGGAAGAAGUGGAUUUUUCCUCGUACCUCCCAAACCCUCCUUCCCCUCCCUCCUCCACCAAUGCCUCCCUUCCCCCUUCACCCCUUCAGAACGAUAUCCAGGUGCCCUCUGACUUGGAGGUCAUGACCUCUUUGCUGCAGGAGGAACUGGCCCAACUGGAAGACUACUUCCUGUCUGAACCCCUGCCGGAGAAAGGGCCGCGGCUGGGGAAAUGCGACCGAGGUCCACCGCCGGCGGGUCCCCAGCCCUUCGGCCAGCUGCCUUACGCGUCGUACUGCUCGUCCAACCAAUCGGAAUCCAACCCCCUCCUCGUCACCCUGGCAACCGGCGAGCUGGACCUGCUGAGCAUCUGCGGGGGGCCCAUCGGGCGAUCCAAGAUCCCGAGACACGCCCCGUACGGCUGCGGCCGCCCCGCCGGCUGCGGCAGGAAGAGGAUUCUGGACGGCUUGAGGCUCGGCGAAGGUUACGACAACGGUUUGUCCAAAGGAAGUGACUCAGGUAACUCGGCCCUGACCCAUCCAGGUAACUACGGCUGCGUGGACGACGACCCCAUGGUGGGGAAAAGCUACUCUCUGGGUAGCGCGAUCGAGCUCAGACGAUGUCCCGGCUUAUCCAAAGAAGAGAAGAACUGCUGCUUCGGCCAGGAUGUGUUGGGCGGCCCGAAGGCUGUUGGUGUCGGUGGCGGGUUCGGCUUCGGCGGGCCGCUGGAAGCCCCGCACAAGAAGGAGGAUGUGUUGAUGUACAGCAUGCGGGAGGUCGGCGGAGGCACCGGUAGCAGCGAGGUGCUGGGCGGCAUCAAAACCAGCGUGGAGGUGACCAAAGCCACCGUUUCGUGGAAAUCAGAAGGCGGCGAAGGUUGUUAUAUCCCAGCAGCGCCACAAUCCGAGGCCUAUCACAGCUUCCUGGGGAGCAUCAAUGAGCAGCUGAAGACCGAGGGGCUGCACGUCGUCCAGCCCGACCUGCACCACAGCUACAUGGAGGAUCAGGCUCCAGACUGCUUCCUCAUGGCCAGGGAGGGUCUCAACCUGGAACCCUCAGGGCACAUACCCUCAUGCAGGCUGAAAGAAGACCACUGUGCUGUGAAAUACGAGGAGGACCUCGCCCCCCACGAAGGCGGGGAGCGAAAACAAAAGAAAAGAGAUCAGAACAAAACCGCGGCCCAUAGGUACCGUCAGCGGAAAAGGGCUGAGCUCGACUCCUUGGAGGAGCAACUGCACUGCCUUGAGGGCAGGAACCGCGAACUGCGAGACAAGGCAGAGUCGGUAGAGCGUGAGAUCCAGUACGUCAAAGACCUGCUCAUCGAAGUUUACAAGGCCCGCAGUCAAAGGCUCAAGCAGGACACCAGCGCGUAGCACCACACCCCUGCAAGUACACUCACAUCCCAGAGCUCUUACUGCUUUUUCAUUUGUCUAGAAAUUAAUUUCUUCUCUUUUCUUAUUUUUCUAAAUGGCGAAAAAGCAAACGCAUGCCCUCGCUAAUGUGAAUUAUUUUCCACAUUUGAAUUUGACAUCCUGUCGUGCUUCCAUUGCUUUUCACAUUGAAAUCACUCGAGCCUUCACUGUGGCCCUGCAACGCUUUAACUGACAAUCAUUUUACACAGAUCUGAAAUCUUCCGACUCCACUGAUGGCAAUAGGGUUAUGUCUGCGGAGGCAGUUGAAAUCAUCAGCAGGUUACACGUCUUUAAUAGCCUUACAUUGAAAAUGAUGUCAGCACUAGACUUUUUUUUUUUUUUCUUUUUUUUUUUUUAAAUCUGAAGUAACUUGGACUAAUGAAAUGUGUUGUUCCUGUCAGACUGAAAUGUUGAUAUUAUCUGUCAAAUGAAGUGUUUUUCUAUAAUAAUAAUAAUUAUUUCUGGACUUUUUCGACCAGCAAAUAUCGCAGUCGGUGUGAAUGUUUUAAAAAUUAGAAAUGCAGUUGAACACGUGUUGUCUUUUACAAUUUCAAAAGGAACAACUGAUGCACAAAAAGAGUCUUGCCCUCAUGAGAUAAUUUUUUUUUGGUGAUAAUUUUAAUAUCGAUCCAUUUUUGCAAAUGCAUUUAAUUGACUUCAAGCUUUCUUUAGCUCCAAAUAUUAAUUAUUUGUAUGUAUCUUAGUAAGAAUCUUUUACUUGUUGUACAUUUUUCUUGCAUUUCUGUUACUUUUAAUGUAACAGACAAUUGUAAUAUUUUUUCACCAGUGGUUGCAACUAAUGUCCAAGUUAUCUGACAAUCCAACAAAUACUAAAUUUACCCUUUUAGGGAAUUGACAUUUUAUUUUGUAGUGGCUGUAAAGCUAUACUUCCUUUGCAUAUUGCAAUUUAUAUCAUUUGAGUUGCAGCUGAAGAGACACAGUUUAACUGUGUUAAGCGGCAGCGAUUUCAAAGGUUUUUCCUCUUGUAAUUUCUUUUCUCCAUGGGUGCAAAUAUUGUAACUAGUGGUGUUUUAGCCGUCUCCCUCUGCAUGCCUUUGCAUUAAUGUUCUCUGUGUCUCUCUCUGAAAUAGAAUAUUUAUGGUUUCAGAAACAAACGAGGAUUGUUUCUUUAAACUGCUUAAGGCAAUAAAUUUUAUAGGCCUCUGGCUGAUCUGCACUAGUUUAUAAAAACUUGUAUAUGUUCAGGGAGUGGAGUGUGUUAAACUUUUUCCUUUAACAUAAUUAACAGGAAAAGCAAAUAACAAUCAUCAGACUUUUAGUUAUUUUCCAGCUUCGUGGCUUCAGGAGGAAACCUCUGAAUUAUUUUGCAAUAAAUUUGUUGGAAAUCUAAGAAAAUAUUAAACCACUGUAAUUGUUACACAGGCUUGGAAAAGUUUUUUUUUUUCCCCUAUGCACAUUGAUUUGAAGACAAUCUUGACUGUAAUCGCUGAUUUAUGUUGAUGUACUUUUACUGUCUGUUGGUUUUUUGGUUAAACAUUCUGCUGCGGUGAACUAUCAGCUCCAACGGUCCAGACCAAAAAUGGGAACCAACAGCACAUUGACGCCUUGUCAUUUAUACAUUUCAUUUCUGUGAUGUUAACUUAUUUCCCUUUAAAAAUAAAUAAAGUGUGUCACUUA